CCGGCAGCCGCCAUGUUGGUCGUGGCGGCGGGGAGGUUCAGACCGGAAGCCGUCAUGUUGCGGCUGGCGGUGGUGGGGAGGGGCAGACCGGAAGCCGCCCGGCCGGGGCCACCCGACGCGCGAGGCCGGAUGGUGCCGCUGCUCCCUGGCCUGUUCGUGGGCGGCGCGGCGGCCGGGGCCCUGCAGGCGGCGGGGGUGGCGGCGCUGCUCUCGGUGGACGCGGAGGAGCCGCCCGCGGUGCCGGGGGUCCGGACCCUGCAUAUCCCGGCGCGGGACGAGCCCGGCACCGACCUGCUGAGCCACCUCGACUCCUGCGCCGCCUUCCUCAGCGCGGCCCGGGCGGGGGGCGGCGCCGUCCUGGUGCGAUGCCAUGCUGGAGUCAGUCGAAGUGUUGCUUUAGUGACGGCGUAUUUAAUGAAAACCAACAAUCUCACCUUCGAAGAGGCUUAUGCCACUAUCAAAGCCAUCAAAUCAGAUGCCAAAAUGAACGAAGGCUUUGAAUGGCAGCUGAAACUCUAUGAAGCAAUGGGCUGUAAAGUUGAUGUGACCAGUGCCAUAUACAAACAGUAUCGCUUGCAAAAAGUUACAGAGAAAUAUUCUGAGCUGCAAGACUUGCCACGAGAAGUCUUUGCAGCUGACCCAACCAGCAUUUGUCAAACUCUCAACAGUGAGGUUCUCUACAAAUGCAGAAAAUGCAGACGUUCCCUAUUUCGUAGUUCGAGCAUUUUGGCCCAUGCUGAAGGAAGUGGACCAGCAGCCUUUGCUCACAAGAGGAUUACAGAUCCUGCUCAGCUUCGUAAUGACAGUCAGGUUAAAUGUACCUCUUACUUCAUUGAGCCUGUACAGUGGAUGGAGCCAGUAUUGUUAGGAGUGAUGGAAGGACAGCUUCUGUGCCCAAAAUGCACUUCGAAGUUGGGCUCCUUCAGUUGGCGUGGUGAACAGUGUUCGUGUGGCCGAUGGGUGACUCCUGCCUUCCAGAUUCACAAGAGUCGGGUGGAUGAAAUGAAAGCGCUGCCAGUUUGUGGAUUCCAAACUCUCAAAACGUGAACUCUGGUGCUUGCUGGCUUUAGUGACUCCCCUGAGGCUCUCUGAGAACUGUUGCCUGUUAUAGUGUAUUGCUGUGGUCAGUAGUUACUUCCUUUCUGUUAGCAUGAGGGUGGUUUGGCACUGCUGGAAUAUAGAGUUGUAGCACAAGCUUCUAGUGUUUAUGAACAUGUGCAUCAGUGCAAGAGAAUUGUUUAAGAUGGGCCGGAUGACUCUCCUUGGGGCUUCCUGUAUUUCAAAGAUUUGGGGAGGGCCAUAUGAAUUAAUGGAAAAAAUCCACUGAUAUCUUUUUAAAAAACCAUAGAUGAAAUAUUGCUGAUCGUAGAUCCUGCAAGUGUGAAGUGCUAAUAAACUCCAUCUAGUCAUGCCUAUGGUCUUGCAAAAUAUCUGGUAAAGUUUUGGAGCACAUUUGACAUCUGUAAAUACAGAGCAAGAAAGGCAUAUUUUGAAACCAGUGGUGUUGUGAAGGCUCCUUAGUUUAGAAGGAGGAUGGCAUGUGGCUUUUGCUUAUGGGCUAUCAUUUCAUGGUAGCAUUUCUGUAAGACCAGUUCCAAAGGUCCUAUAUGAAGGCAAAUGUUUAUGAAAAGGGAAUGCAUGCUGUAUGAUAUGGGCUUAUGACCAGAACAUAGCAUUGGGGGUGAGGAGUUCGAUUCCACUCUCUUCUGUAAACUGAGUGUGUGGCUGUGGCAAGCUACUUCUCCUCUGACCCAAUCUCUCCAAUUUCCUCAGCUGGAAAAUGGACGUGAUAAUUUUUUGUAAAUCACUUGAGAUCUUUGGAUAGAAGGUGCUGUGUAUGUACUGUUUAGUCAUGGUGAUGGUCUCUUCUGAGGGUGGUUCUUCAACUUUUGUUUAAUUUGGAUGAAAACUGUUUCAAGUUAAGUUAGUAAAUGGAUGUUGAGACAAUUUUCUAUGAAUGCCACUUUACAACAGGAACCUAAACAAGUCACUGAACAAUUUUUCACAGGCCUCAUAGAUAGCAAGGGGAGAGCAGUACCGGGUUUAAAAUGGUUCCGGUGGCCCGUGGCGCCAGGCCCACACUUGAAAUGGGCCCACAACGGGUUAAUCCAACCUGGGCCACAGCCCAGCAAUGUGAAGAGUCAGCAACUUCCCAGCACCAGCUGAAACACUCGGCAGCCUGGGAAGUGCAGUGUGCAGGUGCAAAAGGGACUGGGUGUUGCAAGUUUCUAAAAAGUGGUGGGAGUUGUAGUUUGCAUGCCGCUGUGUUCCGCUGGGGCCCUGGGACCUGCACUGCCAGCUGCACUACUAGUCCCAGAAUGCCCCCUGCCAUGCUACCAGCCACCCCAGCUGAAGUGGUCAGAGCGGACCAAAAAGAAACCCCAAGCAAGGAAAUGUGUGGUGCAGGGAGAGGGUUCCCAGUGCUAAUCCUGCUGUGCUCCGCUCCCCUCCCCCUUGGAGCUCCUGGCUCCACCCACCCUGAGUCUCACUCUCCUGGGGCGGUGGGGAGAUAGGGGUAGCCCCCGGUGAAUAUGAUGCUUGGGGGCUCCUGGGCACUGUCUUGACCCUGCACUUCAGGGUGGGAGGGUGGUUGUCUGUGGUCCCUGGGAGCAGGGGGCGCGGUGACAGCGGGGCUUGUCAGUGCUGGCUGCCAUGCCCCCUGCCAGUGAGAAUGAGUUAAUGGAAAGUUUAUAAAAAGAAGACCUAUGAUCGAUGAGAGUGAUUGCAGAUGAUUUUAAAUAAGACAAAAAGAAUGUUUUAAAAUGAGCCAACUUGGCCCUUCCCAACCCACAUACCAGUGUUAAAGCCCAUGUGAACCCAGGUGCAAAGGGGAAAUUGUUGGUCAGCAAAAAGGAGGGGAGGAAUGAGGGAGGAAAGGCCUUAGAAAGGAGGUUGUAAAUCUCAUCUGAAUCAAGACUAGAAGUUGGUCUGAAAUUGGUUUUAACGGAAGUCAGUCAUUGGCAAUGACAGCACUUGUUUGUUAAAGGGUAUAAAAAGUAAUACCUGCCUGACCAUGUUGAAGCUGCCCAAAAUGGGUCUAAGAACUCCUGGGUUUGGUGUGUUUGUAGGUAUCUUGAUCAAAUGCUUAUAAAUGUUUUGUUAAUGUUUGGAUGUAUUAAAUUGCUAUUAUUUAGUC